UAAGCCAGUACGCGGAUGUCACUGGCCGUUGUAUGUCGAAAAAAGUGAAUACACGAGCGCGAAAUUCGAAUUAAGAACACAGUUUGACAGUGUAGUGAUUUUUGUUAUGAGUGUGUAUUUUAUGCAACUGACUUAUUUAUGUUUUUUUUUUUCCAAAUUUAUUUUCAUUUAAGAACAUAUGAAUAAAUUGGAUUUACUUACUUCGGCUGUUUUUAAAUAGUAUUAUGGUUUUUCGCACAUCAAGUGAACGCGUAGUAAAAUGGUAAAAAGUAUUGGGCCCAGGGCCCGACAACAAUCGGAGAAAUGGUAACGUGCGACAAUCAAAGCGCGUCGCCGGGCGGGUUCCACUUGAGCGCGCGCGAAGAUGAGCCCAGACGUUCACGGGCGCCGAGCGUUUCUUCCAUAUCGCUCUACAAGCAGAAGAUCGAUGCACUAUUCGACGACAGCCGGUCUGUUACCAGCCUACCGCAAUAUGGCGCAGGCUUCGCACUCGAUUUAGAAAGACGAGAGAGUAAGGCAAGUUCAACGCACGAACGUAAGGCUACGAUAUACGAAGACGAAGAUGGCUAUUGUCAGAGUGAUAAAAUCAGUAAUACCGUUCAAGAUCGUAUAGAGAGGAUGUUUGCGGAUAUGGCGGGAGAAUCUAGGCAAUCGAUAGAUACUAUAGGCAUUCAUGUCUUUAGUGUUCAUUACCUCGGUUCAACGCCUCUAGAAAGUAAAGUUACAAGUCUCUCUGGUCUUCAAACGCCCCUCAAAGACUUGUAUUUUGCAUACAAAAGAAAUACGCGCCACAAAACUGGAUUGACAGGAAAAUUAGAGAUUUCCAAAAGUGGUCUUAAAGUAAGAUAUAAAGGAGAAAAAGGCGACUUGGAGCAAUUAAAUCCAUUUCCGACUAUAGCAGUUUGGUCGGCAGUAAAAUUCGUGGUGCAACCUUCUGAAAACAAGAGCAAUGAACUCUGCUACGCAUUCCUGCCUUUGAUAACAGAUCCUGAUAACAUUGAUAGACAAGCAUUGUUUAAAACAUUAGAGCCUCCAGACAAUAAAUAUUUCCUCUCCCACAACGAAAACUCGCAUUCACCACUUUUCGCUGUCGUGAUGAGGAAGAUCGGAGUUGCCAAACAAUUGGAGUGUCAUGGUUUUGUAUGUCAAACGACCGAAGAUGCUAUAGUUAUAGCAGCUACGUUAUACAAAUCUUUAAUGUCACACAUGAGUCGACAAGGACACUCUGAUCGAAAGAAGCUGAAGAACAAAAACGGCGUCAGCUGUUUGAGUGUCGGAAGUAGUCGUUCACCACAUGAAAUAGUUAUUCCAGUCAGACCGCCAAGAAAGAAAAGAAGCACGUCAUCCAUGAGUGGUGAUAGUGAUAGAGCUGAUGGGUUUUCGGCCAGUGAGUCCUAUCACGAAAAACAACCAUUGGAAAGAACAAAAAAGAUCUCUACUGAAAGUCUUCCUAACUUUGCCCCACCAAUGUCAAUACCUCCCACCGAAUACAGAAAAAUUACUGUUGAAGAAGUGAAAGCCAAAUUAGACUCCAUAAAAAAUAAUGAUACUAGUGGUAGUGACACGCAUGACUCUAGGAAAUCGACCGGGAAGAGUUGUCCUAAUCCAGUCAUUAGUAAAUUACAAAAUGUUGCAAAUACCCAAAGCGGAAGUGAAUCAUCUGCGCGAACUAAAGUUUCUGAGAAGAUUGAACUUUUUAGAGAGUUGGAACGCCGAAAAAAUCUUCAAAGACCACCAUCUCUCCCGCCACCAAUUCCUGUGAAACCUACAGAAGCGCCACCAGACCCCCCUAAGGAGCCACUGCGGAGGAGCCAGAGCGGGAGGAAGUCUCUCAACGAGUCCGGUGAUAUACUCACUAAAGUAGCCAUCCCUCGUUCGGGCAGCUUUCUUAACGCUGGCGGCCUAACGAGGUACAAGUCGAUUGGACAACGAAACAACGGUAAGAAAGGCGGAGGUUCACCGCUGGGAUUCAGCGAACUUUUCAAUGAAUUCAAGGUUCAAGAGAAUUUACAUUCGAUGGAUGAGAUCCUUAGUGCUAUUAUCGACGCGGAAGGAAUGUCUUUCAACGACCUGAAACCGAUCUAUAAAGAGUUUCUGUUGAAGCUUGCAGUAACACUAACGAAAGACGAAAUAUUUCAGCACAGCAAAGCCAUAAUGAAGAAGCAAAAGAAGAAAGUAUUAAGACGGAACAGUAUUUUUCAGAACAAGAGACGUAAAAUUUUUAAAGGUGCGAACGGUCUCCGGAUGGUGUUUCGGUUGCCGUUCGGGAAAGAUGUGAAAAAAGCAGAUCCGCAAGCCCCACUUACAUCGUUAGAAUUCCAAAACCCUGCCCAACCCAAGGAGCCCAUAUCAGAAAGCUCAGUGUCAACAUCGAGCUAUGACAUCAGACAGUUUCGACCUAAAGAGCCGAUGCUACCGCCCCCAAAACGACAAGUCAGCAGACCGAGGAAUUCGAAGCGUGCAGAUAAAAUAGUUCACGUAUCGAAACGAAACGGCAAAGUGUUCAGGCCCGGAGAAAGAACUUCUUCAGAAGAAUCUGACUUUCUUACCUUAAGUAAUCGGCUUGGCUGUCAAAACCGAAACAGCUCAAGCGGAUACGUGUCUUGUUCUGAAUGCGAAUCAGAGAGCUGUGUUGAUAGAUGCUAUUGUUCAAUGAAGGAUGAUUGCAAAUCUAAAUGUUACUGUUCUGCCGUUGAAAUUAAAAAGGAAGCAGCUAAAUCCAGAGCCUUGAACAAGAUUAAGGGCUGUAAAGAUUGCCCAAAGGAAUGUUAUGAAGGCGAUUACAGUUAUUGUUCGUGCGAUUCCGAGAGCUGUGCCGACAGCAAUAAGUGCUAUUGUGCCGAACCUAGAAAGGGCACGAUACAGAGCUCCCAAAGCCUUGAGUACCUUCGUAGUCCUUCGCAAAGAACUUACUCAGAAAGGAUGAAGAGAUACGAUGAAUAUGACGGCAGAGGCUCGAGGACUAGAUCAAGUGCUGGUAACAGAAGACGCGAAGGGCGCAGGACCCGGAGCUCUGACAGCCUCGCGCUCGACUAUGAGCUGCUGCUCCAGAACAAGCCCAGGGACACCAGGACCAGGAACAUGCAGAGACUUACCGUUCGAAGCACGGGAGCUGGUUCUCACGACGCUUUGAGCGUUAAGAAAUCCGCUGAAAUGGCCGCCUUAUUCGCAGAUGUCCGUCUCUCUCAGCGCACCGAUGUUAGGUCUCUGGCCGGGGGGCGCAGGCCUAGGCCUCCGCCCCUGCCCCCGACCCCACCCAGAGCGGCACCGUCCCUCGCAAAGAUGUUCGAUCACAGACCUUUGAGCCGAAACGCGAGCCUCGAAGACACCUUGGGAUAUUUACCAUGAUUAUUAAAAUUUUAUUACGUUAUAUUUAAAUAAAAUUUUAACCGAUCCUAAUUCAACGAAUAAAUAAAUUUAAGACAACUCUCGGCGCAUUUUGACAUAAAAUACGUAAUAAACAUUCUACGAAAUGUGAGAUAAAGGGUUUUUAGUUCUAGUUGAAAAUAAACUAAAUCAAAACACUACUCAGAUUACGAAUGAAUCUUUUAUUAUAAUAUGAAAACGCACAGGACACGAAGUAAACGAGAUUCCUAAAUAACGAUUUUAAUGUAAAAAUCUAUUUUAAAUAAAAACGUAUACCGCCUUAUUCAUAAUAAUAAGGGUUCGCUGUGUAUCGAUCGUGUUUAAGUCAAAAAGGAACUAUGUAUCUAGUUAUUUAUUAUCCGAAAUAACAUUUUAUACAUAGCGUGCAAUAACUCAGUCAUAUUAUUAAUUAUUUGAAUUUAAUAAUUUUAAUUUUGUGAUUUCUAAUGACUAUAGCUAUUAACGGGCUUUUCGCGUGGUAAAGUCUUUCAGACUUAUUCGUAUUCAUAAACAUUUUAAAUAUAUUUCGAUCGACAAUGUAAAUAAGGAGAAGCGAUUUUUCGAAUUGGUGCGUGUUUUUUCUUUUCACUCUUUGAAUUUACGCGCUAUUAUUUAAAAAUAGAACGCAAUUUGAAAUGACGUGUUCCAUGUACCAUUGUGAAAUUUUAACAG